AAUGACAUAGCAUGCACCGGUGUUUGAGAACGUAGCAAACAUGGCGGCCUCCUUGCUACCCGUUUCUCAAAAAUUUAUUAACGGGGUCCCUGUACCGCAGGGCCGCAAGACGCUGCGUCUUAAAGAGAAGUACAUAAUCUUACUGGUGUUUGUUACAUUUGGACUCGUGUGUUUUGGUGCAUUUUUCUUUUUACCAGAUCUUCGAGAUCGGGUCAGACUGAACGAUGUUGUUAGGAACAGAAUGAGAGGUGUAGAUGAAAUGAUGAUUCCCCGGGGAGGUAUAAGGGGUGGCCAGAUAAUUAGGCACGGGGAAGAUGAACAUGAACAUUUAAACGAUGAUAGAUUAAAAUUCCAGAACCAAAUGGAUAGGGAUAAUAGGAUUGCUAACAUAGGAAAGAAAUUAAACAUUUCAAGGAAAGAUAGUGGUAAAAUCAAGGAAGAUAUUGAUUCAGAGAAAGAGAAGAUUUUAAAACUGCGUCAAGAAGAAGCAAGAAAAAAGGAAGAAGAAGAAAAAGAGAAGGCUAAACAGAUAGAGACAGAACACGAAGGAGGGGAGGGAGGACAAGGGGGAGAACCCACAGAUCCUGACAUAAAACAAAAGCGUGAAAAAGUGCGCGAGAUGAUGAGGCAUGCAUGGGUUAAUUACGAGAAAUACGCCUGGGGAGCAAACGAACUUCGUCCAAUCAGCAAGCGAGGACACAGUGCCAGUAUUUUUGGAAGUUUGAGCCUCGGAGCCACAAUCAUUGAUGCGGCCGAUACUCUGUAUAUCAUGGAGUUAAUGGAUGAGUACAAGAGAGCCCGGGACUGGAUAGCCACAAGUUUUACCUUUGAUGGGGCAACUGAGCUGUCAGCGUUUGAGACAAAUAUCCGCUUUGUUGGGGGUCUUCUAUCUCUGUAUGCUCUCACUGGGGAUGCUAUGUACAAGAAGAAAGCCAUAGUGGUGGCAGACAAACUGCUCCCAGCCUUUGACACACCCACAGGAAUACCACAGUCCAUGGUCAACACCAAAACAGGAAGUGCACGUAAUUGGGGCUGGGCAUCAGGCGGCUGUUCUAUUCUCGCUGAGUUUGGAUCCUUCCAUUUAGAAUUUGUCUAUCUCUCGGAAAUCAGCGGAAAAAGUGUUUACAAAGACAAGGUGAUGAAAAUCAGGGAGACCUUGAACAGCAUAGAGAAACCUAACGGUCUGUACCCUAAUUACCUGAAUCCCCGCACAGGAAGGUGGGGACAAAGUCAUACUGCCAUUGGGGCACUAGGAGAUAGCUUUUAUGAAUAUCUGUUGAAAUCUUGGCUUCAGUCUGGAAAGAAAGACGAUUUAGCCAAGAAAAUGUAUGACGAAGCAGUACAGGCCAUUGUAGAGAAGCUUGUGAAGAAAUCCCCAGGAGGACUAACUUAUGUAGCAGAGUACAAAUCUGGGAGACUGGAAAAUAAAAUGGACCACUUAGGAUGCUUUGCAGGUGGUAUGUUUGCCUUAGGAGCUGAGUAUUCAGACAACAAACAGAAGUAUUUAGACAUUGGAGCAGGAAUAUCUAACACUUGUCAUGAAUCUUAUGUCAGAUCAGAAACCAAGUUAGGCCCAGAGGCUUUCAGAUUUGAUGGGAAUACGGAGGCGAAGUCGAUACGACAGAAUGAGAAAUAUUACAUCCUACGUCCCGAGGUAGUGGAGACCCACUUCUACAUGUGGAGGUUAACUAAGGAGGACAAAUACAGAGACUGGAACUGGGAGGCCAUACAGGCUCUGGAGAAGCACUGUAGGACAGAUGGAGGUUACACUGGAAUACGAGACGUGUACCAGUCAAACCCGUCACAGGACGAUGUUCAGCAGAGCUUCUUCCUGGCAGAGACCUUGAAAUACCUCUAUCUGACUUUCUCUGAUGACUCACUAAUCCCCCUAGACAAGUGGGUCUUCAAUACUGAGGCCCACCCCUUACCGAUUCAGGGGGCCAAUAAAGUUAUUGAGAAGAAGGAGAGAUAGGUUCGAUAGGUCCCAUUAUUAAUUAAAAAUCUGUGAUUGGAUAUAUAUUUGGUGUGAAUAUUAUGUAUAGAUUUGUUUUGAUGUGUGAGUGAGUUAUAGAUGGUGUAGAUGCAUCUAUUUUUAAGUUAUUUUUUUUAAUAAGACAUUCUUUUAAGUCACAAUGUAUACAAGUUUAAAUACUUAUUUCUAAAUCAAAAUUUCAUUAUUUUUGGAUAUUUGACAACCAAAAGAAUAUAUAUUUUUUGUUCAGAAAGAAAGACUUAUUUUUGCAUGUAUCAUUGAAUUCCUCUAUAAACUUACAUGAAAAAUGUUGAGAAAAGUAUAAAAAAAAAAUUGAAUUUAUUUAUCUGCCUGAAACAAUUUUGAGCAAAAUACUACAGACUGAAAUAAAAGAAAAGAUCAUGUAGAAUUUUAGUUGAACAUCCUCCUUGUAAAAUUAUCAAGCUUACUUUCUUUAGGUAACAUACAUGAUCCUUAAUCUAGAAGUUAUUGGUUCUCCUUAAGAGUGUUUUUGUUUGUUUAGUAUGGUAGUGAGCUAGAAGCUGAGAGUGUUGACAAAUUUCUUCUUCAGACACAACAGGACUCUCUCACAAAUAGUAUGACCCAAGUGUUGUGUCAUACAGCAAGCUAAUUUUGUUUUUUCCACCAAAACUUAUUAGUUAACCGACAGGUUAUUUUUUUAGUGAUCCCUUCUCAAAUUCACCAGACCACUCUAAAGUAAGACAUGAUCUAUUUAUGUAACCAUGUUUACUUUGCAUAAAAAGUGCAGCAGCCUGUUGGACUGAUCCACAUAUAAAUUUUUUUCAUUUUUUCAUUUUUGUCAUUUUGUCCCCUGAGCUUUAUAAUAAAUAUACCUCCACCUGAACUUUAUAUUACCAUUGAAACUCCAUUUGAUUUUAUUUUAUAUAAUUAUCUGAUUCAGCAUGAACCAAGGUAUUUGAUGCUUUUGUUUUGGCAUGCAGUGUACAAAGCACAUUGCUAUGUAUUCAGAUUUAUAUAAAUUUUAUCAGUAUACUUGUGUGUAAUUAUGAUGUAAAUACACUGUACCUAAAUAUGAUUUUGUGAUAUAUGCUUUGCUAAGCUGUCUCUUGAUUGUUAGAUGGUAGAUAUUAGUGAUUUUUAAUUUUCUGAGAUGACAUCAUUGUAGAUGAAAAUAUCAUUGAUUAAUUAUUUGACUUUCUUUUGGUGUUUAAGUGAAAAAAAAAUUAAAUACUUUUUCCUCAAGAGCCUAAAAUAUUUUAGAAGGUCUGAGAAAAGUAAAUUAAUACAUCAUGUGUUUCAUUCAUUCAGUUUGGGAAUAAUUUAAAAAUUUAAAUAAUUCAAUCAUCAAGAAAGAAUAUCUCUGUUUUUAAUUAAGCAUGAUAAUUAUAUCAUUAUGUUUGUUAUUAUCACAAUGAUAAAUUCAUAAUUUUGUCAUAAGCAGUUGGUGUAUGUCAAAUAUAUAAUUAUUGUGUCAUAAUGCUCAUUUGACAUGAUCAUCAUGGUGGUUUGUAAGAAGUAACUGUAUCCAUGGUUCAUUUGAGAAAGACAAUUUUACUUUUGCUUUUAUAAACAAUCUCCGUAGAAUUUUGUAGUUUGAUCUUGAUAAAAGUGGCAUUCCAUUGAAAUUAUGUCAUGUAGUUCUGUUAACACAGCAUUAUUAUGUUGAGUUGUAGUUACAAAGUUAUUUAUUUAUGUUCUUGUAAUUAGAAAAUGAUUUUCUUCAAUUAAGAGGAAGAUUUUUAGCUAACUAAUACCGAGUAAUUUGUAUAACUACAAUAGUUGUUUUGAUGGAAUAAUCCAGGGACAUUUACCUCAAUUAAAUUGAAUGAAUUUGGUCAAUAGAUUACUAAGUGAUUCCAAAAGAAGAAAUUGACAGGUGUUUGACAUUUUGAAAUAAAAGAAAAAUAUUUUUUCUUGAAGCUGGAUGUUUGUUUCAAAUAAUUAUCCCUUCAGAAGAUAUUUGCAUAUAUAUUAAUAAUGUACAGUACAACCUUCAGAAUUCAUAAUUAUGUAUGUGUAUCUGUAUUUAGAUAUACAUGUACAUGUGCUUUACAUGUAUACUGAAAUGGAAUUUCAAACAAUUAUGAUAUAUUUUUGUAUGUUUUGUAUAUUGAUUAACAAACAGAAUAAUGCAAGGAACUAACAUUGAAUUUCUCUCAUAUUUAUACCUAUAAGAAUAUCAACUUCAAUUCAGUACAGGUAUUUAUAUCUAUGACAUGGAUUUUUUUAGUUGUAGUAAAGAUGUAAAUUAGGUUAUCUUGAAUUAGAAAUCACAUUACAUAACUGUAUAUAUUAUUAAUGAAUUUGUGCACUCUAUCUUGUAAUAUAUAGUGAUUCUUUUAUGUGUUCAUCUAAUAGUCAUGUAUUUAUAAAGCAGACCAGUCAUUAAAUUAAUUUUCAAUAUUA